GCAGACCUCGCUUCGCUUCCUCCCCUCCAUUUCCACGACCACGAGGAGAGGAAAAGUAGCCAAAGCCAAAAGAGAAAAAAAAAAAAGAAAAAGAAAAAACACAAAGCGAGAGCACGACGACGCGGCGUGAUCCAAAUCGAAUCGAGCCGCCUCGCCUCCGCUGACGCCGGGGGUGAGCCGCCGCCGCGAACCCGGCCGGAUUCGGCCGCUGAUCUCCUGCGCCCGAUCCGGUCGUCCCCCCCCCCCCCCCCCCCCCGGGAGGCGGUGGUUCCCGAGAUCUCCGGCGGCGGCCGCGAGGGCUCCUCCGCGUCGGAUUCAUCGCCGCGGGGGAGUGGGAGCGGGGAAGAGUACGAUGAGCGCGCGGAUAAAGGAGAUGGUGCGGGUCGCCACCGCGCGGCUCGGCGGGGAGUCGUCUCCGCGUGGCGCCGGGGGCCACUCCGCGGUCGGACGCGGGGAGUCGACCAGGACGGCGCGGCUCGGCGGCGGCGGGGCCAGCCUGCGUCGGCAGCCGCAGCCGCAGGCGCCGUCCGUGCGGACCAUCUGCUGCAACGACCGCGAGGCCAACGCGCCCGUCGGGUACAAGGGAAAUUCUGUGUCGACUACAAAGUAUAAUGUGCUGACUUUUCUACCUAAAGGGCUGUUUGAACAGUUCAGGCGGGUGGCAAAUCUUUACUUUCUCAUGAUUUCAAUACUGUCAACCACACCAAUUAGUCCAGUUCAUCCUGUCACCAAUGUCGUUCCACUAAGUCUUGUGCUUUUGGUUUCUCUUAUCAAGGAAGCUUUUGAAGACUGGAAACGUUUCCAGAAUGAUAUGUCAAUUAAUAAUGCACAUGUUGAUGUGUUACAAGGUCAAAAGUGGGAAAGUACUCCAUGGAAAAGACUGCAGGUUGGAGAUAUUGUGAGGAUCAAGCAAGACGGUUAUUUCCCUGCCGACUUGCUCUUCUUGUCAAGCACAAAUCCUGAUGGUGUCUGCUACAUAGAGACAGCAAAUCUUGAUGGGGAAACCAAUCUGAAAAUAAGGAAGGCUUUGGAGAAAACCUGGGAUUACAAAGAUCCUGAAAAGGCUUUUGAAUUCAAAGGUGAAAUACAGUGUGAGCAGCCAAACAAUUCACUGUAUACAUUUACUGGAAAUCUUAUUGUGGACAAGCAAACUUUACCACUCUCACCAAAUCAAGUACUAUUAAGAGGAUGUAGCCUUCGGAACACAGAGUAUAUUGUGGGGGUUGUUGUAUUCACGGGCCAUGAGACAAAAGUUAUGAUGAAUUCUAUGAACGUUCCCUCUAAAAGAAGUACAUUGGAAAAAAAGCUUGACAAACUUAUCCUUGCUCUCUUUGCCACCCUCUUCACAAUGUGUGUCAUUGGUGCUAUUGGAAGUGGCGUGUUUAUUAAUGAGAAAUACUUCUAUCUUGGUUUGCGUGGGAAAGUGGAGGACCAGUUUAAUCCUAAGAACAAAUUUGUGGUCACCAUUUUAACCAUGUUUACUCUAAUAACUCUAUAUUCAACAAUCAUCCCUAUUUCUCUUUAUGUGUCCAUUGAGAUGAUUAAAUUCAUUCAGUGCACACAAUUCAUUAACAAUGAUCUGCAUAUGUACCAUGCUGAGAGCAACACUCCAGCUUUGGCUCGGACUUCUAACCUGAAUGAGGAACUUGGACAGGUUGAAUAUAUAUUCUCUGACAAAACUGGAACACUUACAAGAAACUUGAUGGAAUUCUUUAAAUGUUCGAUUGCUGGAGAGAUAUAUGGAACUGGCAUCACAGAGAUAGAAAAAGGUGGAGCUGAGCGAUCUGGAAUCAAGAUUGGUGGUGAUGAGGGUAAAGAAUCAGCUGCUGCAGUGCAUGAGAAAGGAUUCAACUUCGAUGAUGCCAGAAUCAUGCGUGGUGCAUGGAGAAAUGAACCUAAUCCUGAAGCUUGCAAGGAAUUCUUCAGAUGCCUUGCACUCUGCCAUACAGUUCUUCCUGAGGGUGAUGAGACACCGGAAAAGAUCACUUACCAAGCUGCCUCUCCUGAUGAGGCUGCACUUGUGGCUGCUGCAAAGAAUUUUGGCUUCUUCUUUUAUAGACGUACUCCAACCACAGUCAUUGUUCGUGAAUCACACGUUGAGAGGAUGGGAAGCAUACAAGAUGUUGCAUAUGAAAUUCUGAAUGUUCUUGAAUUCAACAGUACAAGAAAGCGUCAAUCGGUGGUUUGCCGUUUUCCAAAUGGAAGGCUUGUUCUCUAUUGCAAGGGUGCUGACAAUGUUAUUUAUGAAAGAUUAGCUGAUUGCAAUAAUGACAUUAAAAAGACGAGCAGAGAACAUCUAGAACAAUUUGGCUCUGCUGGCUUGCGUACACUCUGCCUUGCUUAUCGAGAUCUCAGCAGGGAGCAAUAUGAAAGCUGGAAUGAGAAGUUUAUUCAAGCUAAAUCUUCAUUACGAGACCGUGAUAAGAAGCUUGAUGAGGUGGCUGAGUUGAUUGAAAAAGAUCUUAUGUUGAUAGGGUGUACUGCUAUUGAGGACAAACUGCAAGAAGGGGUCCCGGCCUGCAUUGAAACUCUUUCUAAAGCUGGCAUAAAAAUUUGGGUUUUAACAGGAGAUAAGAUGGAAACAGCAAUUAAUAUAGCAUAUGCCUGCAGCCUUGUAAACAAUGAUAUGAAACAAUUCAUCAUCAGCUCAGAGACAGAUGUAAUUAGAGAGGCUGAAGACAGGGGAGACCCAGUGGAAAUUGCACGUGUUAUCAAAGAAUCAGUAAAACAGAACCUUAAAAGUUACCAUGAGGAAGCCCAACGUUCUCUGAUUACCAUACCUGGACAAAAGUUGGCGCUCAUUAUUGAUGGGAGAUGCUUGAUGUAUGCUCUAGACCCAACUCUGCGUGUAGAUCUUCUUGGUUUGAGUUUGAUUUGCCACUCAGUUGUAUGCUGCCGAGUUUCUCCAUUGCAGAAAGCACAGGUCACUAGCUUAGUUAAGAAAGGUGCCCGUAAGAUAACUCUCAGUAUUGGUGAUGGUGCUAAUGAUGUGAGUAUGAUUCAAGCUGCUCAUGUCGGGAUUGGCAUCAGUGGACAAGAAGGAAUGCAAGCUGUUAUGGCUAGUGAUUUUGCCAUUGCUCAGUUCCGAUACCUUACUGAUUUGCUCCUUGUACAUGGAAGAUGGUCAUAUUUAAGACUAUGCAAGGUUAUCACAUAUUUUUUCUACAAGAAUCUGACAUUUACGCUAACUCAGUUCUGGUUCACUUUUCAAACUGGCUAUUCUGGUCAGCGAUUUUAUGAUGACUGGUUCCAGUCUCUUUAUAAUGUCAUUUUCACGGCCCUACCUGUAAUUAUUGUUGGGUUGUUCGAUAAGGAUGUGAGUGCAUCUCUAUCAAAAAAAUAUCCACAGCUUUACCAGGAAGGAAUCAGGAAUGCAUUCUUCAAGUGGAGGGUGAUAGCAGUGUGGGCUUUCUUUGCCUUCUAUCAGUCAAUAGUGUUUUUUUACUUCACUGCAGCUGCAAGUCGGCAUGGUCAUGGUUCAUCUGGCAAGACUCUUGGUCUUUGGGAUGUUAGUACAAUGGCUUUCACCUGUGUUGUGGUGACUGUGAAUCUCCGACUUCUAAUGUCAUGCAACUCUAUAACAAGAUGGCACUAUAUCAGUGUAGCUGGCAGUAUAGCAGCCUGGUUUCUGUUCAUCUUCAUAUACUCCGCGAUAAUGACAUCAUUUGACAGACAGGAAAAUGUUUAUUUUGUGAUUUAUGUGUUGAUGAGCACGUUUUUCUUCUACCUCACACUACUGCUUGUUCCAGUCAUCGCUCUCUUUGGUGACUUCUUAUAUUUAUCAAUUCAAAGGUGGCUCUUCCCCUAUGACUACCAAGUAAUCCAGGAGAUGCACAGGGAUGACCCUCACGAGUACAGCAGGAUACAGCUGCCAGAGAGAAGCCAUCUAAGCCCAGAAGAAGCGAGGAGCUAUGAAAUCUCCAUGCUUCCCCGAGAGACGUCGAAGCACACUGGGUUCGCCUUCGACUCCCCGGGAUACGAGUCGUUCUUUGCAUCGCAGCAAGGUGUUGGUGUGCCGCACAAGCCGUGGGACGUAGCUCGGAGAGCUAGCAUGAAGCAGCGACAGCAGCCACAGCGAACCGGAAGAUGAUCGUAAGCCUAGUACCCUACCUCACUCCCUUUUUUGUGUAAAGUUUUGUACAUCACAUGCUUUUGCCGGCAGACCACAGGAGUGUGUAUAGCUUUGUAGCCAUUUUUCGUGUUUUGUCACCCGUAUGUUGUAUUGGCGAUGUUAGCAUAGGACAUUCAUCCAGUUGGCUGCAGCAGAAUCCCGUAGGCUAAAAACAAAGUUGGAAACUGGAAAUACAGUUAUUAGUGAAAUUCUUUCUGACAGUGUUACAAUGUUUACUCCGUUUUUA